GCGGGCCGCCCCGCCAUGAAGGGGAAGGAGGAGAAGGAGGGCGGCGGCGGCGGCGGCGGAGGAGGCGGCGGAGGAGGAGGAGGAGGAGGGCGGGCGGGCGCGGGGGGCGGAGGGGCGGGCAGCCCGGAGAAGAGCCCCACCGCCCAGGAGCUGAAGGAGCAGGGGAACCGCCUCUUCGUGGGCCGCAAGUACCCGGAGGCCGCCGCCUGCUACAGCAAGGCCAUCACCCGAAAUCCCCUGGUGGCCGUGUAUUACACCAAUCGGGCCCUGUGCCACCUGAAGAUGCAGCAGCACGACAAGGCGCUGGCCGACUGCAAACGGGCACUGGAGCUGGACGGCCAGUCCGUCAAGGCCCACUUCUUCCUGGGCCAGUGCCAGCUGGAGAUGGAGAGCUACGACGAGGCCAUCGCCAACCUGCAGCGAGCCUACAACCUGGCCAAGGAGCAGCGGCUCAACUUCGGGGACGACAUCCCCAGCGCCCUGCGCCUCGCCAAGAAGAAGCGCUGGAACAGCAUCGAGGAGAGGCGCAUCCACCAGGAGAACGAGCUGCACUCUUAUCUCACCAAGCUGAUCAUGGCGGAGCGCCAGCGGGAAUUGGAGGAGUGCAGGCAGAGCCAGGAGGAGGAGGAGGAGGAAGAGGAGGAGGAGAGCAGCGCGGAGGAGAGCCGGGGCCGGGCUCAGCUGGCCAGCAUCGAAGCCAAACACGAUAAGUACCUGGCCGACAUGGACGAGCUGUUCUCGCAGGUGGACGAGAAGAGGAAGAAGCGAGACAUCCCCGACUACCUGUGUGGGAAGAUCAGCUUCGAGUUGAUGCGGGAGCCCUGCAUCACCCCCAGCGGCAUCACCUACGACCGCAAAGACAUCGAGGAGCACCUGCAGCGCGUGGGCCACUUUGAUCCCGUGACCCGGAGCCCCCUGACCCAGGAACAGCUCAUCCCCAACCUGGCCAUGAAGGAGGUGAUCGACGCCUUCGUGUCAGAGAACGGUUGGGUGGAAGAUUAUUGAGGGGCCCCUCUCGGGGAAGGCGGGGGUGGGCCGGAACCCGCCUCACCGUCUGUCUGUCGGCCAGCCCCCGGCCCCUUCUCCGCCGGGCUCGGGCGGCAUCUCGGCUUCUCACCAGCUCUGGCCCCCCGGGGCGGGCGGGCGGAUGGAUGGACGGACAGGGGUCCUCCCGGCCCCGCCCUGUGCGGGACCCUGCCUGGGCCAAGGGAGAUGGGGAAUUUGGGAGGGGAAGGAAGGCCCUCCGGGGGCCACGGCCUGGGGGCGGGCUCUUCCACCUCACCGUCUGUGUACAUAGCGUGUGUGCGCGUGUGUUUGUGUGAGAGUGAGUUGGGGGUGUGUGUGGGGGGGUGUGAGUGUGUGUCUUACCGGCUUCUGUAAAUAGUUGGUUCCUGGAGCCCCAGUUGAGGGGCCCCCCGCCCUCCACACCUCCGCCCCGAGGGGCAGUCCCAACCUCCCAGCCUGACUCCUUGCCCCAUCCCACCCUGGGCCUGGGGCUGCAUGUGGUGGAGGAAAGGGUGCUCCUGGGGCAAUAAAGUCUGUGAGCAAUAUUCACCUGA